UUCCCUCAGGUGUUUGGCUCCAGUCAUGGCCGGGAACUCAGAGAAAGUACCGAUCGCCUCGGCGGGACCAGAGGACCUGCAUAACUUCAUGCCCCCGGCCUACUCCGCCGUGGCCGUGAAGCCCGCCGCCACUGGCCGCCUCCUGAAGGCCGGGAUCGCGGUGCUCAUCGCCGGGGCCCUCCUACUGCUCCUGGGGGCAGUCGGAGCGUUCUACUUCUGGAACAACAAUGAAAAACACGUCUACAAUGUCCAUUACAGCAUGAACAUCAAUGGCAAAGUGGAGGAGGGUACAAUGGAGAUUGACACAGCGAAUAACAUGGAGAGAUUCAGCACCGGCAGCGGGGCGGACGAGGCCGUGGAGGUCCACGACUUUGAGAUUGGGAUCACAGGGAUCCGGUUUUCAGGAGGAGAGAAGUGCUACAUCAAGACCCAAGCGAAGGCUCGUCUGCCUGAUGUGGAGGCUCUCAACAAGGACUCGAUGACAUUCGACCUGGAGGAUGAGGUGAUGCCGGCCAAAUUUGAGGAUGAUCUGAUCUGGGUGGCGGCUGACGCUCCCCUCUCGGACUCCGCCUUCCUCAGCAACAAGAUAAAGGACUUGUGUGGAGACCUGCCAAUCUUCUGGCUCCGUCCCACCUACUCAACCAGCGGACAGAGGAAGAGGAGGGCUGGCCCCCGCCAGCGCCGCCAGGCAGCCGGGGAGGAGGAAGAGGACGUGGAGGCAGAGUUCAACCCGGAGAACCCCUAUCAGAGAGGCCUCGAGGGCGAGCAGGGCACCAUGAACAACGACCCCAUGCUGGACCACCAGGGCGUGUGCUGCAACGAGUGCCGCCGCAGCUACACCCACUGCGUGAGGAUCUGCGAGCCGCUGGGAGGCUACCACCCGUGGCCCUACCACUACAGGGGCUGCAGGGUGGUCUGUAGAGUUAUCAUGCCCUGCAACUGGUGGGUGGCACGCAUUAUGGGUCUGGUGUAACCCCCCUCCUCCCGUCCCCCAUCCCCAUCCUCCUAGAAGAUGGUAGGAUGGUCCAGGAGGGAAGAAACUAGGGAGGGAUGGGGUUCCAAGGGAAGGGGAGAUGAAGGGAACAUUUUAGGAAAGGAAGAUGGUGGCUUCUUAUUGUAAUCUUAUUACCUGUCAGUCUGAGCAGAUUCGUACGAAAUGAACAGCAUCAGUAACUGUGCCCACACAUACACAUACACAUGCAUGGUACAGAAUCUAGGACAGACAUGUUCUCACAUGUAAAAGGUACGGAGUGGCUGCACGCUGCACAGCUUGUCUUAUUAAAAAAACAUUUGGAUUAACAUUUGGAUGAACUACAGCACAACACGCAGCAUGUAGGCUUGUAUUUAUAGAGCAGGUAAUCAUUCCUUUUCUUUCAUUCUCUGAUGUAAAUAAAUGUAUAGGGUGCGAGUAUUUCAAUAGCAGUCAGCUGGCUUAAAUAGCACCUAUUGUUUGUUUUACUUUUUCAUCACUCUAGCGCGAAAUCUUUUUUGACUUAUUUGAUUUUCACGAGUUGCUCUCAUUAGAACAAUGUACUGUACACUCUCUCUCUUGCAAACUUUCAUCUAAAUGUGCUUCCACCUGCAUUGAUGAAGCUAUCUCGAAGUGCAA